ACCUUACCUCCCGUUGACAUCGGCUGGUGCGCAAACGCAUACCAGUUUACAAUACUAACAUAAAAGAGGAUAGCGACCGGCCCUCAUUCACUCAGUCUGUCUCCGCGUCUCGCUACAGUGCAACGUUACGCUCCGCAUGGUAUUUUAUAUAUUAAUGUACCGUGCAUAAACUAAAUAAAAUAUAAAACGAAAUCAGUUAUUGAUAGUGACGAGCCUUUCUUAUAAAAUUUAAAAACUGUACUCAAUUUAGAGAUAUCGCUGUCCAAGCUCCGACCAUAAUCAGGACGUGAGUUUCAGUGUCGAGAUGUUGAAAGUGUUAGCGGUGGGUUUUCUGGUGGUGGCCGGCGUCUGCGGCCAGUGCUUCUACAAAGAUGACUCUUCAAAGAAGUUGGACCCAGAGGCUCGGACCUCGCUGUACCGAGGCCAGCUGGAGUUCACCCUGAAUCUAUUCAAUGCGAUCAACAAGGCUGUUCCCGAUGACAACGUGUUCUUCUCCCCAUUCUCCGUGUAUCAGGCGCUAGUACUCGCGUAUUUCUCCGCCGGAGGACAGACUGAACAGUCUUUGAGAGGAUCCCUAAAGAUUGCCGAUAACUUGGACAAGAUAAACCUGAUGACGGCAUACAAGGUGGACCAGCGCUCGCGAGCGGCGAACAACAACAGUGACAGCUACGAGUUCACGAGCGCCAACAAACUAUUCGCCGACACCGGCCUGCAAGUGCGCCAGUGUAUGCUGGACCUGUUUGGAGACGAGCUCGAGGCCUUGAAAUUCAGUGAGAAUCCAGAGGCUGCUCGUGAGUACAUUAAUGAAUGGGUUGCCCGCAUCACGAAGAACAACAUCAAGAGUCUGCUACCUGCAGAUGCAAUCUCCCAGAACACAAAGCUCGUGCUGGCCAACGCGGCUUACUUCAAAGGCGUCUGGGCUUCCAAGUUCCCCCAGGAGAGGACGAAGAAGGAGGCUUUCUUUGUCUCCGAAACACGCCAAACUCUUGUGCCGUUCAUGAAGCAGAAGGGAACAUUCCAUUACAUGGUGAGUGACGAGCUCGGUGCGCAGAUCCUCGAACUGCCUUACAAGGGAAAUGACAUCAGCAUGUACAUCCUGCUGCCUCCUUACUCCAUGAAGGAAGGUGUUAGUAACAUCAUCGCUAACCUGACGCCGGAGCGUCUGGCGGCUGUCGUGGAAGAAGGAUACAUGGGUCGUGAGGUCAUUGUGGAAAUCCCUAAGUUCACUGUUGAGAGGACCCUACCUUUAAGAGAAGUGUUGGAAACAUUAGACGUUGGUGACUUAUUCAACACAUCUGCUGACUUCACCACUUUGACGGAACAGCGCGGUAUCCUGUUCGACGACGCCAUCCACAAGGCGAAGAUCCAAGUCGACGAAGAAGGUACUGUAGCUGCAGCGGCAUCAGCUAUCUUCGGGUUCCGCUCGUCUCGCCCCGCGGAGCCGAGUCGCUUCAUUGCCAACUUCCCCUUCGUCUACCUCAUCUACGAACGUCCCACCAACUCCGUCCUCUUCAUGGGAGUCUACAGAGACCCUAAGAAGUAAAAUAUAUUACUGUGAACUAGUAAUAGGUAGUAACAGUUAAAGUUAGGUAGCAUUAGGUAAGAUAAGAAUUUCAAAUUAAGUGUCGUCCAAACUGUUUGUUCUUAAGAUCUUGUUCUGUAAAUCUCAUAUCUUACGUGUAACUGCUUACAGAUGUAUGGUACGAUGACUAUAUUAUUGUCAACUAAAGAACCAUUAAUUAUAGUAUCAUAAGGAUCAACUUGACCAUGACACGAUUGUUUCAAGGUUCAAUUGGAAUGGAAUUUAUACAAUACUCAGAGUUGUUCCAAUUCCGAUGCACUUUUUGACAAAAUGUUAACACAUUUGAUCAUCAUUGCCUUAUUAAGUGCAUAUAGAAUAAUUUCAAAUAUUGUGUAAUCAUUUACCUGUUUUACUGAUGACUUCCAUACUUUCUUGUUUCACUUUUCUUGCUCCUCCGAAAUAAAUUACCAACAUUUUGCACUUCCAAUAUGAUAUUUCUUCAAACACUCAUCAUCUUACGCCAAUAUCACAUCACAUUUUAAACUAUAAUAGUUUUUUGGAAAAAGCUUUAAAUUGAUUGCAUAAUCGUUUAUUAUUCCAACCAAAUUGUGUUACGCCAGUAUAAUUAUGUUAUAGGAGUAAAUGUACUGCGAUACUGAUUUAAUUUUGUGAUAUCAAUAUCAGGGUAAAAUCCCAAUGGCAGUCGCCAGUGCACAGUAAUACUAGACGUAACUUAUAAUUUAGACUAGUUAUGUAUUUAUUUAUUUUUGUUCUAAGACAUUUAAAUGCAAGAUAACUUUCUAAAAAUGGUUGUAAGUAUUUCAUGUAAGUAAUUUAGACACAGUUUGUAAUUUUUGCACUCCGUGUGCAAUUAACGUGUAGAUUUUUUAUUAAGAUUUUUUAAUGUUUGUGAUUACAUUAAACGGAAAUAUGUCUGUGUGACAUAAUUUAAC